AUGCAGACACGCGCGUAUGCAAGGGGAAGAAAACUUGUUUCAGGGAUCACUUUGCGGACACUGGAUGCCACCCGCCUCUUACCUGAAGAUUUCGUCUCACUGAGUGGGAAGAGUAUCGUUCAUAUGCGGGCCCUGGACGCUCCGCCGUCUGUGCCGGUGCACCAGCUCCAUUACUACAACUCUCGGCGCGAACGCAGUCAUGUCCCGUUCCCCGAGGGCACACAGGGAUUCCUGUACUGGCACACUGAGCCGAAUGCGCCCCCGUUCCUCUCCGAAAUCCGCUUUCGCGUCACAGCGUCCUCGGACCCGGCCGCGUUCUCUGACGGGUACGACCUCCAGCGACCCAACGGCAGGCUCUGGAGAAGGAUGCUCUUCGACAUUGCAAACUACGUCAAUCAUGCGCCCUUCCGCUUAGUCCUCCUGCGCGAUGGGCUCGUCACGCAGGAUUUGCUCGACAAUGUACUGGCGAGCGCAGAUAAUAACGGAAACCUCAGGCCCGACGACACUAGCCACUUGAUCUGGAGGCUCGGCCAGCCUUUCCCGGCAAGAGUCGAGACGGGGCUGACGCGCGUGUGGAUCUUGGGCAGCUCCGAGUAUCAUCUCUUUACAGUUCGAAACCUAUUUGGACGGUUGGUACGGCGUGAACGGCAUAAAGGCAGAUGCCUCCUCCAAUUCGAGCGCUCACCGCUUCCUGGGCACCAAGGCAAAAGAGUCGUUGUUAUGAGAAUUGCAAAGAUCCUCGAGCUGACCAGAGCUGAAGGUGCGACACUGGGCGAUGACAGAUCCUUGCCUAGGGAAGGUGAUCUGGCAUAUGUGCCCAGUCCCGGCGGCCCCAGCGAGGUAGUACCAUGGAUUCCGUGGUCGGUUGACAUCGACGACAGCAGGAAUCCGAAGAAGGAGACCUUCCGCGAAGCCUUCAGAGUACUCUUUGAUAACGAAGCCAAAUAUCCAGAUCCCACCCCGUAA